AUGUUGUCGGGUUUUAAGGUGUCGAGGCUCGUUUUCGGGAAUGUCGUUCUUAAAAGAAUGAUAUCUAUGCGUUUAAAAAGUGCCCUGGAACUCCAUGAACCGUGCGCUCCACGACCUGAUUCUUAUCCCAAGUGGUCUUCAUCGCCUUCGGAAUUGUUCACGGAAUUACGCGACGGUAAAUACUGCCGCGAUGCUGUGAACGAGGGCCUUGCCGACUUCAUACCAAUAACUAUUUCCGAAUUGCCACUUCUGUAUCGCCUUAAGCAUGUCAAUUUUAAAUAUGCCCUAAUUAUGGUGUCGCCACCAGACAAACAUGGCUUCUGCACCCUUGGUUCUGCUGUUGGCAGUGCUCGAUCUGCUAUCCAAAAUGCCGAAAAAAUAAUUGCGCAAGUGAAUCCUCAAACGCCGAUAACUUACGGUGAUUCCACAAUACAUAUUAGUCAGAUCGAUUACCUGGUGCAGGGCUCCGAGCCACUUUUUGAGGUUCCUCCACCUCAGGCAACAGCAACCGAGCAAAAGAUCGCUGCGAUAAUUGCGGAGCAACUCAUUGACGACGGGGCAACUAUUCAGCUAGGUUUCGGUAAUAUACCACCAACAGUUGCGUCCAACCUGCGUUCCCACAAAGACUUGGGUGUUCACGCGGAAACCAUUUUUGAUGGCAUCGUCGAUCUGGUCAAUCUUGGUGUAGUAACGAACAAAUUCAAACCUGUUCGUCCGGGACGAAUUGUUGCUAGCUACGCUAUUGGCACGAAGCGGAUCUACGACUUCAUCAAUGAAAAUCCUCUUGUCGGUCUCUACGAUAUCGCCUGGACAAAUUCCACCGAAACAAUUGCCCGAAACCCCAAAGUUACCUCGGUGAACACGUGCAUGGAAAUGGACCUCACCGGUCAGAGUGUUGGUGACGGUAUUGGUGGACAUUUAUACAGCGGUGUUGGCGGCCAACUUGACUUCACACGUGGAGCCUCACUGUCGUCGGACGGCUUGGGACGGCCGAUCAUCACGAUGUGCUCGCUAAACAGCGACGGCAACUCGUCGAUUGUGCCAACUCUCAGCCGCGGAAGCACCGUGGUUGCCACUCGGGCCCACGUGCACUACGUCGUCACCGAGUACGGCAUCGCCAACCUCUUCGGCAAGACCCUGCGCCAACGGGCCUACGCUCUCAUUCAAAUUGCCCACCCCAAGUUCAGGUGGGUUAUUGGUGUGCACUCGAUCCUUAGGAAGGGAUUAUGCAGACAGAAAUUCCGACAGUGCAUUACUUGUUCUGCGUAA